GUUAUAAGCAAUCACCCUAAAUGUAUAAAUUGUUUUCAGGUUGGCGUAUUCAUACCUUUUGAAGUCAAUUUUUACCAGGAAGAGUUCAUUGAUCUUGCCAUAUCUCAUGACCAACCGGGAUACCUUACUCUUGAUCAGGUACCUGAAGUAUUAAAGUAUUGGAAAAUGAUGAAUAAUGCAUUGAACGCAAAAGUAUUAAAACUCAAAGCCCAAAAAGACGUCGAUUAUGUAAUGAACGCAGUGGAGUUCUUGUUGGUCGUAUUGGAAAUCAAACCGAAAGGCCUUGGUCUGACCCUAGCAGAAAUAGAAAAGUUUAUGAGUUUGUACGAAGCCAACCCUGGUGACAUUGAUCCUGUUGAAUGUGAAAAAGUGUUCAACGAGCUUGGUAUAACUACCACGGAAGGCGAAUUUGAUUACGACCAACCCACUGGAAAGUUGUUGAUGGAUUUAGUCAUUGCUGCGGCAGAACGCAAUACAUCGUUUGAGAAAAAAGAUUUAAGAGUGUUAUGCACAAUCGAGGUCGCAUUGGCCAUAAAACAAUUCAAUAACUUCGACGGUGACAAAGACGGUUUAAUGUCCUCUGAUGAAUAUAAAAAGUUUGUGGCCGAGACAGAAAUGUUGACACUAGAGCCGCCACAAAAGAUCAAAACAGCGACAAUUUUUUUAAAUAAAUACAAUGGUAGAACAGUUAACUUUGCCGAAUUCCUAGAAAUUAUAUUGUUUAUUUCAAAACGAUAAAAAUAUAUACAGAUUAAGUCACAUGGAGAUUUAGCUCCAUUAAUUUAUAACUCACAAUCCUAAAC